AUGAAGGCUAGUCUAUCCGGCCUUGGAAAGUUUCCAUUUGUUGUGAUGGCAAACAAGAGAGAUGAAUGUGAUCUUCACAAGGUUUGCAAAAUUAAUGCCUUGAAGAAGUCAGGGGUGGAAAAAGCUUGGAAGAUUCUUGAAAAUGUGGCCAAACAGAUCCAACCCAUUAUGUCUAACCACAAAUGGCGCGUCAAGCUUCUUUUUGAGGUAUGCCCAAAAAAUCUGUCUCUUCUGGGACUGAAUGUAGGAGGAGGACUUCAAGAAAAGAUAAGGCUUAGAAGGCCGAAUAGAGACUGGGAUUUCUUCCCUUUUGAUCAAACUCUUGAUACCACGUUUCAUGAGCUUUGCUACAAUACUCAUGGCCCUCAUAAUGCCAACUUCUACAAGCUUUGGGACGAACUUAGAAUGAUUAUUCCUUUUAAGGUUGAAGACUUCAGCUGUAGUUGUCUGAGUUAUGAUUGA